CUUCCUCCGACUGCAAAUUUGGGAGUCUAAUAUAUAAGCUAGUACUGAAAAUGUAAACCCUUCACUUUGGCCGCUCAAAGUCUCCGAGUUUUCUAGGGUUUUUGCUUCACCAAAUUCCAUAUCCAAAAUGACGAAGAGAACCAAGAAGGCCGGUAUUGUUGGGAAAUAUGGUACCCGUUAUGGUGCUAGUUUGAGGAAGCAGAUUAAGAAGAUGGAAGUCAGUCAGCACAGCAAGUACUUCUGCGAGUUUUGCGGAAAGUAUGCAGUGAAGAGGAAGGCUGUUGGAAUUUGGGGCUGCAAAGACUGCGGCAAAGUUAAAGCCGGAGGAGCCUACACCCUCAAUACCGCAAGUGCUGUUACGGUCAGGAGCACCAUCAGAAGGCUCAGGGAGCAGACUGAGAGCUAGGAAGUUUCAGAUUUCUUUGUUGUUUUUCUUCUUUUUACCAAGUGUUAUUGUGCUACAAGAAGUUUUAUAUUUAAUGGACCAAAUUUUGUUGUUA